AUGUACAAGAAGGCGCUGAACGCGUUCUUCCUGAAGGUGCACCCCGACUUCUUCCACCACAAUGCGCAGCAGCAAACUGUGAACCAGAAUUCCGUGGCUCAGCUCAAUGAGCUCCUAGCGUGGGCGCGGGAGUUCAAGCAGGGGACGCUGCGCGCACCACCAGCCACGUCCAUCUCUUUUGCCUUCUAUCGCCGCAUCGACGAGAAAGAGGGUGGUGGCGCCGAUGCCGUCACCACGCAGCGGUCGGCGCGCGCAAGUGACGCUGGAAGCAGCGGUGGCGAAGGGGAGAACGGCGGCGACCGGCCGAAGGAGUCGUUCUUCGCCAAGCGAGCGUAUCGGGCCGCAGACUGGGCGUCAGACGGCGGUGACUUUGACGGCUCUGGCGCUGGCGGCGGCGCGUCAUUGCACCGAGACUCCCAAACCGUUCUCAUCCACUCUACGUUCGAGCUUCCGCAGGGCUUUGUCGCGAGCGAGUCGAACCGUGGUCUGGUGGAGCGCUCCGUGAACAAGUUCUUGCGCGACUUGCUGCGUCGCGCCGAGUGCAUCGACUCGGUCACAGAGUCCAUGUCUGUCGCCGAGGACGCGGCAGCGGCGCGACGAGAGGCAAAGCCGUUGCGUCGUCGUCGUGCAGACCCGCGGGCGAAGGCCAAGAGCGGUGGCAAGACCUUGCUGGACGAGGCGAGCGAGGCCAUGACGAUGCAGUGGACGCUGACAAGCGUGCCCACGCUUGAGGAGCUGAUGGACGCCGAUCAGGUGCUUUUCGCCAAGACCCUGUCCCCCUUGCAGUGCUCCGCAGCGCUGCACACCCUGCGCGCUUCUCUCGGCGAGCUGCACUACGAUCAGUGGAGCUCGAUGCCGCUGAUUAUCGAUGACCACUUCGCCAUCGGUGCAGGCAUCACGGGAGGCCUGACGGUUCCGUGGGACUUUACGGCGCUGCAGUUUGCCAGCUUCCUUCACCAGAACGCCGCCGCCAUCGCACAGUGUCGCACCUUAGCGGCAGUGUUUGCGACGGAGGUGGAGCAGCUUAUAGCAGAGCUGUGCACUGCACUGGAGUUGGAUGACGUGCUCAUUUCGUGUUCGCACAAGGAGGCGGUGAAUGUGCUGCGGCUGCUGCAUCGCAACAAGGAGCUGCUGCACGGGUACGGGCUGACAAACCUGACGCUCGAGAUUGGCAUGCGUCACGCCACGCGCGCCAACGGCGUCGUCAUCGUUGACGUGUCCAUGAAGACAAUGGAAGAGCUCCGCGAAUGGCUGCAGGCGCUUCACGGCAAGCUUGACCUGCAGCGCAAGCUUUACAGCGUGUCGAAGCAGAUGCUGGAGACAACAAUGUGGCACCUGACGGAGUUCCGCAGCAUGGUUGAGCCCGGUGGCGUGGACGCUUUUGUGAACAACGACUGCACGUACGCGCAGCGGUUGGCGUGGGCAAAGGAGCUUUUCCGCAUCGGCCCUGCCCUGGCGCACUGGGACUGGCAGGAGUUCACGUUUCUGCUCAGCCCCGAGCUUGAUGUGGACUGGAGUCGGCGUCAGCUGAAGCUGCCACACAACUUUGACGGCGACGCCCUCGUCCGCUACGUCGAGGAUGUGCAGCAGAGCGCUAAAGAGAAGGAGAAGGAAGCGCUGCUGCGCGCGAGUGCGGUGCGUCGGCUGUCAGACGAGGAGAUCCGCGCACAGACGCACACCGCGGACUUGCAGCUGAACGACGGCACGAGCGAGUCUGAAAGCAAAGAGCAGGUGCGGCGGCAGCGCCUCGAAGACCCACUCGUGCCUGGGAUGCAGCCGGUGUCGGAGGCGAUGCGGCAUCUCUACCGGCAAUCGUCACCGCACAUGGACGAGUACAUGACCUCUAGCGAGGACAGAGUGGACCCUCUUAGCGUCGAACGUCCACUCUCGCACGCCGUUACUUUCAACAGUGACACAGAGGCGGAGGAGCAGCUCAAGUGGGAGGGCUUCUACCAGGAGCCCUACGUGGACCAGAUGCCGACCGGCGACCUCGACGACAUGGCGCACACGUACCGACUCACGAACCGCUGGCAUCGCGAGGCGGCGGCGAAGAAGCUGCUGGAGGAGCUGCAGUCCACUUACGGCAAGAAGAGUCGCCGGUUCGACUACCAGAAGAUGGGUGAUGUGCUGGAGAUCAACAAUGCUCGCGUGCAGCCGAAGGGGUUCCCGGUAGUGGCGCGGGGUAUGAAGCCGAGCGAGGGGUAG